AUGGCAAAAGCCAUACCCGAUUUCGAACCAUUUAUAGUUUAUGGGAACGACACUUCAAGUUCUUCUAUUGCCACUCGCUGGAAAAAAUGGUUGCAACGUUUUAACAAUCUUAUGGUCGCUAUGGAUAUAUCGGCAAAGAAACGGAAACGUGCUUUACUUAUACACUUGGCUGGAUCACAAGUUUACGAUAUCUUUGACACAUUUACCGCCGAACAGAAAGGUUCUGAGGAUGAUUUUGACACCGCUGUGAAAUCACUUACAACUUAUUUCGAGCCUAAAAAGAAUACGGAGUAUGAAAUCUACAAAUUUCGCCAAGCUAGCCAACGCCAUGACGAAAAGCUCGAAUCUUACCACACUCGCCUUCGACACCUUGCUUCCACGUGUGAAUUUGCAGACAUGGAUCGCGAAAUUAAAACACAAAUUGUCCAAACGUGCACGUCCCAACAGCUUCGACGAAAAGCCCUUCGUACUGAAAUGACUCUCCAACAACUUUUAGAUCAAGGCCGAGCCUACGAACUAUCACACUAA